AUGAGAAGACAAGCACGUGAAAGAAGAGAAUAUUUAUAUCGUAAAGCUUUAGAAUUACAAGAAUCACAAUUAGAACAAAAAAGACAAAUUAUAAAAGCUUCAUUAGCCAAAGGUAAAGCAUUACCAAAAGAAAUAAGUGAUGAUAAAAAAUUACAAAAAGAUUUUAUAUAUGAUGAAUCAAUUCAAAAAAAUUCUGAAAAUGAUGAAGGUAUAGAUGAUGAAUAUUCACAAUUUUCUGGUAUUGUGGAACCAAAAUUAAUUAUAACAACUUCAAGAGAUCCAUCAUCAAGAUUAUUACAAUUUUCCAAAGAAAUAAAAUUAAUUUUCCCAAAUUCUAUAAGGUUAAAUAGAGGUAAUUAUAUUGUACCAAAUUUAGUUACAGCUGCACAAAAUUCAAAUACUUCAGAUUUAAUUUUAUUACAUGAACAUCGUGGUGUACCAACUUCAAUGACUAUAUCACAUUUCCCUCAUGGUCCUACUGCUUUUUUCACAUUACAUAACGUUGUACUAAGACAUGAUAUGCCACAAACUGGUAAUCAAAGUGAAGCUUAUCCUCAUUUAAUUUUUGAAAAUUUUACAAGUAAAUUAGGUGAAAGAGUUGUUACUAUAUUAAAACAUUUAUUCCCACCAGGAGUUAAAAAAGAUAGUCCAAGAGUUAUUACAUUUAAAAACGAUGGUGAUUUUAUAAGUGUAAGACAACAUUUAUAUGUUAAAACUAAAACUGGUGUUGAAAUUAGUGAAAUUGGUCCAAGAUUUGAAAUGAGAUUAUUUGAAUUAAGAUUAGGUACUUUAGAAAAUAAAGAUGCAGAUAUUGAAUGGAAAUUAAGAAGAUUUGUUCGUACUGCAAAUAGAAAAGAUUAUUUAUGA